AUGUCGAUGUUACAAGAUUUCCCUCUUGCCUUUGCUGAAAACAAACUAAAGUCAGAUCAAGACUCAGUGUGCUAUCUCUCAUGGCUUAAUACUGAUACAGAAUUUCCUGAACUAUCCGACUCUUUUGGUGUAGAAGGUCCUUGUUGGGAAAUACUGGAGAAAAGAGAAGCUUAUGAUGACGAAUUCGAUUUUGUGCCUGUUGAAGAAAAUUGGUCAAAAUUAGUCGAAACCAAAAAAUUACAACCUUAUGCAAAAAUCACUGAACGUGCAGCCUCAUUACCUCAUCCCAAGAGAAAGAUACAGCCUCUGUUCACAGUGAGGAAAGAUAAAAUCAAAGAUGAUGAAGCUAAUUUAUCAGACGAAGAAGUUGAUGACAAUGAUUUAUUCACUGAAUUAUACUUGACCCGAAAAGGACAAUCUAAAAUAAGAAAUAGACACACAGGUUUACGAAAGUUGGGUAGACUAAGGAUGGUUGAUCAAUAUGUACAGGGAGUCCUGUUUUUGGCAACAACACGUCCUGGAAGUAGAGCAGCUACUUGGUUACCUCAUUCAGUUCUACUGGAAACAAACCCUGAACCAUAUGGACGUGCACUCUAUCCACACACUAGAAACGAAGCAAUACUCUAUACAGAAUAUUAUAUUAAUCGUAUCUCAAAGAGUAAUUUUAUGGAUUGGGGUGAAGGUAGAAAGAGACUGUUAGACCCAGCAGAAUAUUCGAUAUACACGCCUAUUUCUAGAAGGCUAAAGUAAAAUUGUAAAUACCUAUUUCUUUUACGAGAAGAUACCAUAAUAAACAGCUAUUUAUGACGUUCUGUCCUUCUUCUAAUAAUAACCA